AUGGAUUACGAGGAGACGUCUGAGCUGAACCGAAAGCAUAUUAAGACCACAGUUACAUCCGAUGAGAAAGAGAUUGAGAAGCAUACAUCGUCUUUCUUACACCCUUCUAACAGAGACAAUAUUAGAACGAAAGUUAUCGGCUUUGAUGCAGAGUGGUAUAUGCUUAAUCAUCUACGAUAUUUUAAGAGUUGGAAUUAUGAUUUGGCGUACAGUUCACUACUUAACUUUCUUCGUAUGCCAAAUGUUACCUUUGUUGGAGUUGGAAUCAAAGACAAUGUGGCCAAGUUGGAAACAUACUAUGGGAUUGGAUGUAGAAAUGCUGUGGAACUUGGCCCGUUAGCUGCUACUGUCAUGAGGAAGCCUCGUUUGAGUUUUUGUGGUGUUGAUGAAUUGGUUAUUUUGGUCUUUGGACUUGAUCUUCGAGAGCAUAGGCCUGUAUCAUCUGCUUAUGACUAUGUUUGCAUUCCUCUUAGCAAAGAACUUGCUAAACUUGCUACUGUUAAUGUUUACUCUUAUUACAUGAUCGGAAACUCACUGAUUAGGAAAAUGUGA